UGAGGAUGAGUAGAUGAUGACAUAAUUUUCAUUUUUAGGGAUUUAAAUAUGAAAGAAAAGAUGGUCAGUGGUUCAGUUCCUUUGUCUGUAUUCAGUUAAGGACAGACGUAGAUAUAGUUUUCAACUGCUGUACAGUGUUUCUUCUGUUUCUGCAAGAAAGGCUGGGCUUUUUGCUCGUAUAAUCCAGUUAACCGCUUUGGCUAGUAUUCCAGUCUUCUUCCUUUUUUUGUCAGUCCUCUUCCUCUGUCUCGUGUAGGAACGAACAGCCAUCCUGAGUGCCUUGGCUGAAAAAGCCAAACUGACCGAGGAGAUUCUGAAUACAGUGCCAGGCAUCAGCUGUAACCCUGUGCAGGGAGCCAUGUACUCUUUCCCCCGUAUCACUCUACCUGAACGCGCCAUCAACGAAGCCAAGGCGAAGGGUCAGGCUCCAGACAUGUUCUACUGCAUGAAACUUCUGGAGGAGACUGGGAUCUGUCUCGUUCCUGGCAGUGGUUUUGGUCAACGGGAAGGCACUUAUCACUUCAGGAUGACCAUCCUUCCUCCAACAGACAAGCUCAAGAUUUUGCUCAACAAACUGAAGGAAUUCCAUCAGAAAUUCACCCAGCAGUAUUCUUGACCCAGUUCAGCUCGACCAAUUACAGCCCUUCUAUCACAACUUACUGACUAAAAGUGCUAAAAUGCAUUUUUCACAUCUUAAUGUUUGGUCAGAAUGUGGCCACAUAAUCACUUGAGCCUUGAUGGACACUAAUCUGCACCUUUACCACUGGAUAAUUGUAUGCCUUGUAGCUAAAGAUGAAUUAAUAUACUUUAAAACUAUCAUUAUGGACUUGAUAGGACUAUUUUAACAUGUAACGGGUAUAGACAUAGCAAGACUUGAUUUCUCAUUUCACAAGAUUUUAACAAAAUUAUGAUAUAGUUUUUGAAAACAGUCCUGAACAAUUCCUGAACGUCCAGAUCUUCUUGAUGUGGUAUGAUGUCUAAUGUAUGUUAGUGUGGUGCAUGAAUAGUAAAAUUAAAAUAAUGGGAAUUUACCUGAUUUUGAACUUUUCCCUUUAGUGCUUUGUGGUCGUUGUAAUUCUAAAUGCGUUCAUGAAUCAAUGCAUGCUACAACAUUGCAUAUGUAAAUAACAGAUUGAUUAUAUAGCAGAUAUCAUACGAUAUAGAUUAACAUUUGUGUGCUGUGUGCCGUUUUAAGGGGUUUUCUCAUGCACACUCCUCACCACUAGAGGACACACCACCACAGAAAUCACACUUGGUCAUGUUUUUGAAUUGAAGCCUUGUUUUGUAACACCUCUGUCUCUCUCCCACACACAAAGACACACUACUGAGAAGCCCAACUGCUUCAUUCUUUGAUGGUGUCAUUUUGUUAAUGAGU